UUGAUAAUCGUCGUUAACGUUGCUUUUCCCGCGUUUUGCCGAGAGAAUCCCUCGUGUUUUGAAACAGGGAAAUACGUUUCAUGGAGAAGUGGAUUCCGCUGUUCGACAUUUUCUUGAAGAGUCCGGCGCCGGAAGCCGAGGCGUCGUUGUGGUUAGAUCAAGCUUUCAAUUCUUCGUCGUCUUCAAUGGCGUCGCCGAUCAACCGGAGCUCGUUUUUCUCCUUGCUCAAGAGACCAUGCGACGUGAUCGACCAGGGUUCAUCCCAAAUUACGAAGAAGGUUAUGUUCAUUGAGACGUUACCCAGCAUGGUUCAAUCACGGAUUCUAUCUUUUCUUCUGUCAGAACAUCAGAGGUUUUGUCCCAGGGACUUGUCGUGCUUAGCGAGGGAGAUGUUGAGUGGAAGCAAAGAGGUCAACUUCUGGGUUCAGAGUGCUGCACGUAACCUGCUCGGUAAAAUGUCGAAACCAAGUUACGAGUGGAUUUCUCAUCUGGAUUUGGAUUCGGUGGAUGAUAGCAUCAGUGAUGAAUUCGACUCUGUACCUGGCUGGCUUGCCGAGAAGGCAGGAGCCAUUGGUUCUGUUCUUCCUUGGCUUCCGAUAUCGCUUGACGAUUUCGAUUCAAAGAUGUUAUUUGUUGACUCUGAGAAUGAAAAGGAGACUGAUUGCAGCAGAGAGAAUAUGGAAGAAGAUUAUAGAGAAACCAUGGGCGAUGUUGAAGCUUAUGAGUAUCCUAGAAACUUGACUAUACCGCCUGAAGUUCAUGAAAUGGCCUCCAAUCUGAAAUCUCAGAUUGCAAGCUCCGAGUCUAGUCCGGAAAUUUCAGCCUUGUGUUAUGAAAUUCGGAAGCUUUGCUUGGAGAAUGGCAGGGACGUUUUAGGAAUUUUAAGUUUGAUUGAACCUUGGAAUGCAGACGAUGAGUCUGCUUCUCUUUUCCUGUCAUAUUUGCCGAGUGGAACUGAAGAAGAAGAAGAGCUUGGUUGGCCAAGCCAGGUUCUUUGCUCGGUGGUCCUUCCCAAGUUUUUGGUUCUUGAGAAAUCUGCCUCUCGUGCAGUGAUGUCUGCAACCAUUGAUUUCUGCAAGAUCCACCGAACAGCUGCUGAAUAUGCGUUGGUAUUCCCUUUGAUAUUCCGUAAAGAAGGAAUCAAUAAUUUCAUGUGCGAGGUUAUUUCUAGGGUUUUAAAGGAAUGCUGGCACUUGGGUCAUAUUUCUGCCUUUUGUCAGAAGUUACUAUGUGGGGGACCUGAAGACAGGAGGUUGCUUUCCCUCCCUUGCCACCAGAAUCUGAUAUGCGAGGAAGUUACAUGGAAUGAAUCACUGUUUAACCUUUUCCAGAACAUAUUGAUCCACGGCGUCCCACUAAGUCAAGAUUCUGUUGAUCAUCUUGUUUUGAAGGCCCGAGAAUCGGCUGAAAGGUUUCCCAAAUCUAUAAAAUUUGGAAACUUCUUGUUACAUUUUGUUGCCAAAUGUGCUCCAAUGUUAAAGGCUCAUAAGGAUUUACUAAGUGAAACUGUUGAUUGCACAAACAGUCUUGUUACCAAAUCUAUCUCAUCGAAACUCAGUGCUUUGUAGCCCUAGUGUCUGAGCCGACAGUCCAUCAUACUUUCCUCUUCUCUCUUGAUAUGGGCAUUCUCGCCUUCUCUCACAACAUUGUUUGGGGUUGUGUAGCUGGUGGAAAUCAUUUCCAUGUUUU